CAAGCCGCAUCGGGAGCAGAGCAGAGGCAGGCGGCGGGAAGCAGCGCCGCUCGGUGGAGGCGCGAAGCCAGCCCGGAGCCCCUCCUCCCUCCGCCGCCGCCGCCGCGGCUCCUCCUCCUCCUCCCCCUCCUCCCUCCCCUGCCCAGAGCCAGCAGCUGGGAUCUCAGUAUUAUGGCAUCGAGGAGAAUGGAGACCAAACCCGUCAUAACGUGUCUGAAAACCCUCCUCAUCAUCUACUCCUUCGUUUUCUGGAUAACUGGUGUUAUCCUUCUUGCUGUUGGUGUCUGGGGGAAGCUGACUUUAGGCACAUAUAUAUCUCUCAUUGCUGAAAACUCCACUAAUGCCCCUUAUGUCCUCAUUGGGACGGGUACCACGAUUAUCGUCUUUGGCUUGUUUGGCUGCUUUGCCACAUGUCGUGGCAGCCCAUGGAUGCUGAAGCUGUAUGCUAUGUUCUUGUCUCUGGUCUUCCUGGCUGAGCUUGUGGCUGGCAUUUCAGGGUUUGUGUUUCGCCAUGAGAUCAAGGACACGUUUCUUAGGACAUACACUGAAGCCAUCCAGAAUUACAAUGGAAACGAUGAGAAGAGCCAUGCAGUGGAUGACGUACAACAGAGUCUGAGUUGCUGUGGUGUCCAGAACUACACCAAUUGGAGUACUAGUCACUAUUUUUAUGAACAUGGUAUCCCCCCAAGCUGCUGCAUGAAUGCCUCUGACUGCAAUCCCUCAGACCUGGCCAACAUUACCAUUGCUGCUACUAAAAUAAACCAGAAGGGCUGUUACGAUCUGAUGACCAAUUUUAUGGAGACAAAUAUGGGGAUCAUAGCUGGAGUGGCUUUUGGAAUUGCAUUCUCACAGUUGAUUGGAAUGCUGUUGGCAUGUUGCCUGUCCCGAUUUAUUACUGCCAAUCAGUACGAGAUGGUGUAACAAGGGGUGUCAAAUACAGUGCCUGUUUUCAAUCAGGAACUGGAUAAUUCUUGGAAGACUUCUAAAGAAUGUUAGAGCACAUACACAACUACACAUAUACACACACAUAAAGCCACCACCUUCUAAACUCUGUACCAUGCGUAGUGUACCAUUCCGUGAAGUACUGUUGUGCCGCAAAAGUAGCCUGAACCAUUCAGCAUCCAGUACUGUACACUCCAUCCUGAAGGCUCUGCAUAUGAUGGCACUAUAUGUAUGUUCUUGGUCAGACUGUAGUUGCAUUGUAAAGUUAACAGAGGUAAUUCAUUAACAGCAAUGAUUGGGCUGUGCAUGUAGUGACUGGAGGGCAAGAUUAGCCUUUCACUAUGGUUAAUAAAUGUCGCACACAUCCAUAUUAAACUUGUAUACAAAUAUAUAAAUAUAUAUAUAUAUUAUUUGGUUUUUCAGAUUUUUAAUUUCUUGAUUUUUGUUUACUGCUUUACUAAAGUUUUUCAACGUUCCCACUCCCUCCCCCACAACUGCCCCAAGAAGAAAUCAGUUACAUAACUCACGAAGAUACUUGAAAAAAGUCCAAAAUCUGCUUGAGAGAAAUUGUUCUUUUGAUGUUCUGCUGCACCUUUGAUUCUUAAUGUUGUACACCUAGUGGGUUGCCAGUAGGCCUUUGUCUAGUGCAUUCUGCCUCUGAAUCUGAACCUGUGUAAUAGUUACUAAGCUGUGUUUGUUUGCUUACUGUGAAACCAGUAAUUUCUGCUUUUUAAAAAAUUAGAUAAUUAUGAACUAAUCAAACUGUGCUGUAACACUACUUUCUUCUCCCCCCUUUUAUUUCUUUUACUCUCCUUUUGCAUUGAAGUUGCCACCAAAUACAUUGUCAAAUCAAUCAAACGUAUGGGGGGGAAAGAGUGUGUGGAAUAUUUUUGGGGGUUGGGGAGCAAAAGUUUAAGACCUUUUUUAAAAAGAAUAGGAAUUUUUAAAUAAGGCCUCUGUCUAGCAUGCCAACAAGAAUGCAUUGAUAUUGUGAGUAUUUGUGAUAUACAUAUUAAUAAAUGGAACCAUUACGGA